CUGGCAGCAUUGUUUUCAGUCAGGUGUGUUUAUGAUUUGUAAUGAUUUCUGCUGCCAAGUGUCAACGUGUUAAGUUUUUAUUAAAUUAGUAAUUAGAAAGUUUAGAAUUAACAUUAAAAAUGACUUUAUAUCAUUUUGGAAAUUGUCUUGCUUUAGUAUACGUGCCAUAUUAUUUAACAUAUAAAUAUUCAGGACUAUCUGAAUAUGGGGCAUUUUGGAAAUGUAUUCAAGCAGGAGGAAUAUAUAUUUUUACUCAACUUAUUAAAAUGCUGGCACUUGCAACAUUUUUCCCCACGGCAGAUAAUGUUGGUCAGGAGGGCUUCGAUCUUCUUGGUGAAUUUUUGAAAUCCUCUAUAGAUCUUGCGGAUUUAGUCGGAAUACUUUUGGUUUUAAAUGGAAUUCCUGGUAAAGGACACGCGAAAGUAUUAACCGCUGGAGUCGGUUGGGCAGGAGCAGAAGUUUUAUUAACGCGAUUUCUCCUGCUCUGGGUCGGUGCACGUGGUGCAGAAUUCGAUUGGAAAUAUAUUCAAAAAAGCCUCGAAUCAAAUAUUAAUCUUAUUCAACAUAUAACAACUGCCACAUUGGUUUGGUUGUGGUCGCGACACGAUUUACGACGUGGUUUAGUUCCAAUUGUUGUCAGUAUGCUUUUGCUAACAGUUUAUAGACCAUUAAUUCUCGAUUUUCUCACGUCCGUCAUUAUUGCCGGCCCUUGGCUAAUGCUUUUUAUAAAAGCCUUCACAACAUUAUUCUUGGGAGCGACGACUCUUCACAUGUACGCGGGACUCGCUCAUUCCAUCGGUAUUUUUUAAAGAGACAAAAAUAAAUCCGAAAAUCGAGAAUAAUAAUUAUUUUCCCUCCUCAAAAAAAAAAAAAAAAUGAGUCAGAGAAUUUAAUUAUUCCAAAAAUUGUAAUUUUUUAAUAAAAUUAAUUUUAAAUAAAUAAAUGCAAUAAAUUAAUUAAAUAAAUAAAUAUUGUCUACUAAGUAGAGAAGGCGUCACAAUUGUAUAAAAGAAAAAUAAAGACUGUUCAAUAUUCUAAA